AUGUAUUCGCGCUACAUACGAGACAUCUCGUCCGAGGUGGACGGCGUCAAGAACACCUUCUCGGGAUGGGAUCAGUGCAUGACAAAGGCAUACUGCAAAUGGCCAGUCAUUAUCGGCAUCGUCGUCGGAGCAGUAAUAGCCAUAUCAGUAGUAUGGUGUCUAGUCCGCUGCCUCUGUUGCGGUCUUGAAUGCUGCUGCGGCUGCCUCUCCUGCUUCUCUUGCUGCACAUCCUGCUGCAACAACCACCACCGCCGUCAACAAGGAUACACUCAACCUCCUCCCCCCGUCUCGCAAUUCCCGCAAUAUACUCAGUAUCGACCCGCCGCGGCACCCGUGUAUCGCCAACAACAGCAACAACAACAACCGCAAUAUGCGCAUCUCGAUGCUCCGAGCAAGUCGUUCAAUGAGGAUGCAUUGCCAGCAAUGCCCAGUUGGAACAACAGCCGCAGUUUCCGCCAACAACAGGAUGCAGAGGUGGAUGAUAUGGAGAUGGGGAACAUGCAUGCUCAAGCUGCUCAACCUAUGCUGCCGAAAUCUCCUCGUGCGCAGGUGCAAGAGUACCCUUAUCAGGCCAAUGCUGGUGCGUAUAAUGGCGACCUCGGACACUCUCAGUCUCAGUCGCCGUAUGCGAAUGAGCCUCAGCAGUAUGGGUAUGGUCGUCAAGAGUCGAGAGUUGCGUUGCCGUACGAGGCUAGCAUCAACCCGCCGCCGAGUUACCAUACUUCUGCUCCUGCUGCUCAAGGAGUUGCGAGAAAGCCUGUUAGUGGUUCUUGGAGGGAAGUUUAG